UUGAUUUUAUAAAAAUGGAUAAUUACCACGUGAAUCACUGUUUACAUUUACUCGGAAGAAAUUGUUCCGAGUAUUCUUUAUUUUGAUUGGUUAAUUUGUUACCUGGAUACAGGACGCUCAUAUAUAUUUCUUUGUUUCGGGAUUCGCGGUACAUUUGAAAAUUUUCAUUGAAAUUAUUUACAUGAGCAACAUUAACCAGGAAAUUCGGGCAGUUUUACCCAGGCGUGUGAAGAAGAGUUUUGAUUACAGAGUUUUCGAUCAACUUGGUAUGCAGUCCGAGGCAGUAACCACAGAAUCAGAGGUUGGUGACGAGCUUGUGCACGGUGCGACUGGUGGAUCUGACAGUAUGUCAAAGGUGGAUUAUGAAGACCUGAAAGAACGUCUUUCUAUUUAUUUGGAUUCGGAGGAGUCGGACACCGAUGAGGAAACUAAAGAAUUGGUCAGGAAACUCAAGGAAGUUAAACAGAAGGAGAAAGCAAUGAAGAACAAGAAGAGAAAGGUGGAAUUACGACAGGAAAUAGAGAAGAGAAUGAAGGAAUUGGAGGAGUUGGAGGAGCUCGAGUUAAAAGGGGCCUCUAAGCCGAAGAAGGAGAAAUCCGGCAAGAAGGUGGAACAGUCCAAGAAGAUCAAAGGUAAAAACAAACAAAGAAACAGAUAAAGAGAAAGGUAAAGAAACAGAUAAAGGUAAAGAUAAAGGCAAAGGCAAAGGGGCAGUGAAAGAUAGUAAAGAACCAGGAACUUUUCUAAUAGUGUCAGACUCAAUUGCAAAAUAUGUGAAGCUUGAGAAUGCUGAUGUGUUUGCGUUUCGGGGGGCUUCCAUAGGAGAAAUAACCUAUCAGCUUAACAAGAACAAGGGGAGUAUUUAUGAAGGUUAUAAAUGUUUAAUAAUUCAUUGUGGUACCAAUGAUAUUCAUAUUUUAUCUAUUGAUCAGUUUAAGUCUGCUUAUUGUAAUUUGAUUUCAACUGCUAAGUUGUUGUUUCCUUCUAUGGUUAUUGCUAUGUCUGGUAUUCUUCCUCGUCCUGUAGAUUUUGAGGAAACAGGUCAAAAAAUUAAGGCAGUUAAUAUGGCUUUGUUAAAUUUAUGUUUGAGUUAUAAUGUAGAGUUCAUUCAUUCGUAUAGAUAUUUUUUGAAAUGUGGAAAGCCAAAGGUGGAGUUAUUUGCAUAUAAAGAUGGU